AUGGGGCUGCUGUCGAACCGGGUGGAGCGGUCGGAGGUCAGGCCCGGCGACCACAUCUACACCUGGAGGGCCGUCUACGCCUACUCCCACCACGGUAUUUAUGUUGGAGGGAGCAAAGUGGUUCAUUUUACACGAAAGAAGGAAGUUGAAACUUCCAAUUCAUCCAACUCCAUCUCUGGCCUGAUCUCACGGGCUUCAUCAGAGUGCCCAACAUUCCCAGACUGUGGUUUUCAGCUGGCCGAUAGUGGCGUCGUGCUCACCUGCUUGGAUUGCUUUCUUGGGAAUGGCUCCCUCUACUGCUUCGAGUACGGAGUGCCACCUGCAAUUUUCCUUGCAAAAUUUCGUGGGGGAACCUGCACCAUUGCCCAAUCAGACCCAUCGGAGGUUGUGGUCCGGAGAGCUAUGCACUUGCUUCAGAAUGGGUUUGGCAAUUACGACAUAUUCGAGAAGAAUUGCGAGGACUUUGCGCUCUACUGCAAGACUGGACUUGUACCCGUGGAUGAGGCUGGCAUUGGGGUGAGCGGGCAAGCAUCUUCCGCCAUUGGCGUGCCACUGGCAGCUCUUCUGUCCACCCCGUUCAAGAUUUUCGCUGCCGGUCCACUUGGAAUGGCCACCGUCACAGCCGGGAUGUACUGUGCCGGUAGAUACAUCACUGACAUAGGAGUAAGAAAGGAUGUCGCGAAAGUCGAAGUGGAGAACUUGUCGUCGCACCUUGGCUUCCGCCGCGUAGAAGAUGCAGAAUCGGUGAACAGAAGCUCAGACAAAGUGAAGAAGCUGCUCCCGUUGAAGAGAAAGCGCGAGAGGUGA